AUGGCCAAAACCCUCAGAGUUUCAUCUUCAACUUCAAAGCCGAGAGCAUCAAGAAAGGAAAAGGGAAAGGGAAAAGCUACUGCAGAGGGUUAUAGUGGUGGGGAUGAUGAGUCUCAUGAAUUUGAGGUGAAAGAAACUAAGAGUGGAGUACGAGACGAUCAUGGAUGGGAAGAGAUGAAAGGAACUCAAGUGCAGAUGGCUAGGGAUUUGGAGUUGUCUUUGAUGAUGCAGAUGAGAUUAUUUACAACACUAUUGCCAAGAGAGUCAUUGUUAGUCCUACCAUCAUUGACUUUUGCAGGUGUUACUUCUUCAAUGCCUGUUCCACCUACUUCAGCAUCUGAGCCACCAUUUGUAUCUAUGACUAAGCCUCGUGAUCCAGUACAUGAGAUGGAGAGUAGAGAGGAACAUGUCGAGUCUGAGUUUGAUAAGGAUGACGAUGGAUACUCUGAGUAG